GGAAAUCAAUUUACGAUGUAUUUGUGACCGGUGGCGACAGUGCAAAUAGUGUAUUAUAGUUACCCGGAUAAGAGUGUGCUAUCAAAUAGCAAAAGACACAUUAUACAACACAAACGAUCGCGGGUAACGGGCCAUAUUGGGUCUGUGCUGGUCGCGUAAAUGGACAAUGUGGUAGAAUACUUAAGGUCAAUUCAUGGAGACUGUGAUAAUUGCUGAACAAUGAAUUCUGUACGAAAGUACUAACGUUUUGUCGGCUGUUGGAUUACCUUAAAUACACUCGUAAACUAUCUGUGUGUAGUAGAAGGUCAAUAAUUGGACUAAUUAAAAGCUGUGAUUAAUUUUACCUCAGUUUCGUCCGUUCAUUGGAUUAGGAAACAAAAGCGAUUAAUAGUUAUCCCGUACACGCGCACAUAUACAAAUAGUUAAUCGUUUUAAGAGCUACUUAUACUUUUAAGAGAACGUCAUACAUGUGAACUGAAUAGACGGACAACUGCAGUGUAUCAAUGUAAUUAUAUGCAGUCUGUACCGGUUGACCAAUGUUGUAGUACCACGUGAUAGUGAUUGGGGGUGAAAUGUCCUCCAUGCACCCAAACGAGCGGUCGCACCCUACUUUGCAGCUCCAACCGAGAAGGACAACAUCUUUCCGCCGAUAUAACAUCACCGUUCACACCUCGCCCAGCCAAGCAGCCUAUCUCCCGUCCUGGAUGGAGAAAGUUCAGAAAACACGCCAGGAAAUGAUCGACAAUUUAAACUCUGCCAGACUCAGAGAGCAGUUAUAUUUGAAUCGACACCGAUGUGACAGCAGAGGAAGUCGACACAGCACAUCCUCUUCCCUAGGGAGUCCCCGGAUGUUGAAAUUCCUCCAGGCGGCUACCAUUGACGGAAGUACGGCUGAGCACGAGAGCCUAGAACAACAGUAUCAGGAACUACGAAAUAAAAUGUUCCCUCCCAAAAGUCGGGAAAAAGUACCGGAUUUACCAGAUCCUAAACCGUCGGAGGAUGAUAAGCAGAAGAAAAAAACUAAAACCAAGAGAACAAGGUUUAAACUUAAGGAAGAUACCAAUCAUAGUUAUCGGCCACGUGCGCGUGACGUUUCUGAUUCAGCGUCAAGUGCCCCAUCAACAGGACGGACAUAUCACCACGUGCAGGUUCCCGUUUCCGAUCUUUUAGCGUCGGAUGCGCUAGGUUCGGAUCAUUUCUUAAAACAUUUGAAUUGUGUGAAGCAGUUAGCGCGUCGAUAUCGCCGUGGAAAUCGAAGACACCGUCACAUCGGUGAGCCACUGAACGUACAGGACAGUUGAUGGAAGAGCUAUAGGGAAUUACGUGAUGGGGAGCCCUGCGGCAGUCUAAGAGUUUUAUGAUGUGGAACCCGGAAGUCAAUAGAUGAUGUAUGUGGUUAAACUGAAAUGCCAAGCAGAACGUAACCUGUGAAUCAUUGAACCCAAAAUAUAAUGCAUGCUGAAAAUUCAAGAAUUCACAGCGGAUGUAUCCCGAGGGACCCAAAGAAUCGUGUAUCCCGAGGGACCCAAAGAAUCGUGUAUCCCGAGGGACCUAAAGAUUCGCUGUGCAUAUUGCGAGGAGUUAUAUAGUACAUGUUUUUAUGUACUAACACACUUCAGAUAAUAUAUUAUAUAUAAGGCAUCGUGUACUUGCACACUAGCUAGGUAAUGUGUGGUAUAUAGAGACCUUCA